CUGAGGGCGGCGAUGGCGGUGGCGUCACGGCGAUGGCGGCGCCGGGCCGGGCGCUCACCUCAGGGCCCUCCUCCAAGUGGGACAUCCGGGAGAAGGUGUGGGAGCACCUGGAGGCCUCCGGUCUGGCCGAAUUCCCGCGGCCCGUGCGCGGCCGCAUCCCCAACUUCAAGGGCGCCUCCCAUGCUGCCACGAGGCUUCUGGGCUUGCAGGAGUUCCAGGCUGCCUGGCUCUCUCCAGGCCUGCUGCUCUCUCAGGGAGCUGGAUGCGUUCAGCAGAGCACGGGAGGUGAAGGUGGAUCCUGACAAACCUCUGGAAGGUGCCCGGCUGGCGGCUCUGCAGGCAAGGAAGACUUUGCUGGUUCCCACACCACGUCUGAGGACUGGGCUGUUCAAUAGGAUUGUUCCCCCUCCAGGUGCAACCAAGGAGAUCCUGAGAAGAUGUGCCACAUCUCAGGGUGUAAAAGACUACAGCGUGCCUGUGGGGCUGGAUGGGAUAGCACAAGUGGAUUUGGUUGUGGUGGGAUCAGUGGCUGUCUCUGAAAAAGGCUGGAGAAUUGGCAAAGGGGAAGGUUAUGCAGACAUGGAAUAUGCAAUGAUGGUGUCUAUGGGUGCAGUGCAGGAGGACACACCUGUGGUUACCAUCGUGCACGACUGCCAGGUGCUUGACAUAUCAGAGGAGAUCCUGGAUGAUCAUGAUUUAACUGUGGAUUACAUCCUCACUCCAACAAGGACUAUCCAGACUAAUUGCAAACGACCAAAACCUCAGGGAAUAAUGUGGCACAAGGUCAGCUCUGAGAUGCUGGGAAAAAUCCCCAUCCUAAAGACUCUUCGAUCCAGGGAGAAGCAGGCUGGCAAGGAUGUCACCCUCAAAGAUGAACAUCCAGCCCUGGCAAACACCAACAGAGCAGCAAUUUCAAACAAGAAGGUGAUGGCUGCAACUACCCAACCACGGGCUGCUCCAGGCUCAGCUCCAGUGGGACAACCCUGUGUGGAAAGUGAUCCUGUGAAUCCCAAAUUAGAGGGGUCUGACACAAUUAGCACUGUGUACGUGGGGAACUUGCCUGGCAGCCUGAGGGUGAGCGAGCUGAAAAGCGCCCUGAGGGAAUUGCGGGUAGUUCCUGUUCGGGUGAACUGGCAGGGAGCACAGCACAGGGCUUUCCUGGAUUACAGGGAUCAAGGAGCUGCAGACAGAGCUGUGUCCUCCUUGCAAGGCCUGAGCCUUGGGGGCAAUGCUCUGAGAGUGGAGCUGGCCAAGAGCCAGAGGAACAGAGGGCAAGGAGAAAUCAGUAGUCACAAAUGAUUAUGGGGGAGAAAAAAAAUCAAAAUAAAAGGUGUUUUCAUUGUUUUGUGAGAAGCCAACCUGAAGUUUUAAGGUUUUUAGUAAGCCUCAGGUUUAACUAAACCAAAUUUCUGCACAAACUCUCUUCACUCCUGCACUUGGACAUGCAAAAGUUUGUCCCCACAGGUGAGAGAGGACCCAUUUCUCUAUAAAAAAAUGCCCACAAAGUGCUCACACUCUGGUUUUGGUGUUGUUUGGUGUUUUUGUUAAGCCUGGCUUAAAGCCCUUCCCCUUGGCACCUGCAGCAAGGUAGUUCCAGACAGUCAUUUAAGGUUGGACCUGUCCUUUUUAACCUGUGAGAUUAAAAGCCAGCAGCAGGAAAUCUGUCCUAAGGAUAACAAUUCUGUUUGCUAAAAAUGGGAUUUGCCUGUUGGAAGUUUUAAGUUUAUUUUUUAUAAAAAUGGCCAGGGAGAGAGGGAUUGUCCUUUUUGUGCCUUGAAGAGUGGAAACACUGGUUUAAUUCUAGCUCUGCUAAGAGCUGGUAACAUCAGGUAGGAAAAAUGGGAACCCUUUUCCCAGCUCUUUGCUAAAUCAGCCCUUGGUAAACCUUAUAUUUCUUAUUUCAGAGGAAAACAAAUCCCAGUUUUCUCUGCUUUUCCCCAAAACCGCCUUUCUUAUGGAUCAGAUAAUUAUGAAAUAGCUGCUGGGAUCACUGAGAUGUGAUUCCUCUGCCUCUGUGAAAUAUUACAAUGAUGAUAAUGAAAAGCAGGCACACUUAGUCUGGCAUGGAAUUCUUUGGGAAUUUGCUGGAGAUUGUAGCAAAGCCUCUGUGCCCUAGUCACCAUCCCUGAUGCUGUUCCACAUCAUCAGUGAGGAGGGUGAGACAGCACCACACAACUUCUCCAGGUGAAAGUGCUCCCAGGCACUGUCCUGGACAUGAACAUUCCCUUCCAGUGUAAUGCCAAUAAUGAUUUAUCUGCUAUAGCUCUUAUUACCUUUUUUUUUCCCCUUGGGUUUCCUAUUCCUGAAAAACAAGUUGAAUUUUGGCCCAGCCAUCCUUUCUAAACAGAAGCACUUUUGCCAGUGAUGCUGGGCACAUAGUCAAAGUAAGCAUCUAAAUGGAUUUUUAUUUUUUUUUUAAAGUAAGAGUUGGAAACUUUUUUCUUAGCCAGGGAAUACUGUUAAGUAUAUUUUAAGCAGAUUAUUAUGCCUCGAGGGUCAGCCAUUUAUUCAGUAUUAAAUAAAAAGUUCUCAUCGUUGUCAUGUGGCUCUGUAGGGAAGGGCUCAAGGAAAGCUUUGGAGCUGCAUCCAGCCCUGGGAUCCCAGCACAGGAAGGACAUGGAGCUGUUGGACAGA